GUGACGUAGCUGGGGCCUGUUGUUGCCGGGAUGAGUGGCCGGGCCCUGGUGUCCGGUGUCUGGAUGUUGCUGUCGGCGGGAGCGGCCGGAUUGUGUUGGGCGGUGGCGGGGCCGAGCGAAGAGCGACAGCGGGAACUGUCCCGGCAGCUGCCGGAAUCAAAUCAAGCCCAGCUAGAGGCUAGCAGGAAGAGAAACACUCUGCUCAUGCAAAUCAUCAAGGAGUCAGCAGAGAGUGAGAAGAACAUAGCUCUGGAAAGAGACUGGAACAAACUUUCCAACUCAGGUCCUGAUUCCAAACCUUCCCGGUGAUCGACACAAAAUGCCAAAGGCUGUUUGACAAAUUAAUGAUCUGACGAUGACCUUCACUAGAGGGAGGAGAUGUCGUCUUUGGAGUACAAAACAAUCCUUUGCUUCACUGACCCAAGAUAAACGCUGCCCCAAGAACUCUGAGCAAUUCAAGGAAACUCUCUUACAUCAACUCCAACCUUCCAAUACAGAAGAGAAUCCAUCGUCUGAAAUGUAAUUAUUGGAAACUUUCUGUGUAUUUAAUUAAAGUUUUGACAGUGAA